AUGAGCGAAAGCUCCGGAGAAGAAACAGAACCAGUGAACAAGGACGCUGAUAUGGCGAAUGUACAAGCCGCUUUGCCAUUUUUCCCACCAUUUGUACCGGGCAGUGAUCCCGCACCUACAGGACCCCGUUGGACCAAAUGGGUCAAACGUUUUGAAAACUUCUUAACAGCAAUGAAUGUAACCGAGCCCAAACGAAAGCGUGCACUAGUGCUCCACUACAUUGGUGGAGUAGCAUAUGAUAUUUUUGAUACCCUACACGAGACGGGAGAGGACUACGCAAUCUAUGUAUUCCGACAAGAAAAACAACGCACUGGAGAAACUCUUGAUCA